CUUUAUGGAAAGCUAUUACUUGUUAAAUUUACGUUCAUCCAUCGGUAGGUUUGCCGCCAUGUUGAUUUUACAAUGACGGAGAUGUCAUUUGGAAAUGGUGGAUCGAAGAAAAACUUAUGGGGAAAAGCAAUGAAGAAGACCAACACCAAAACAUUUCUCCAAUGCCUACUGUAAAAAUUGGGAACAACAAGCAAUUCUCGGAUUCAGAAAUAGUUUCAGAACAAACGGAUCAUCUUGCUGAUUCAGCAGAAAUGGAUCAUCUUGCUGUGCAGAAAGGUUACCUGUUCAUGUUAGAACACAUACAUGAGGAGCCACAGCUGGUUUGUUAUCUUUGCCAUUUAUGCGAGUCACCUCUCUCUGAUGAUAAAAAGAAAGACAUGCGAGAUGGAAAAGGCUAUUUUAAGAAGAGGGAGCUUCUAAAAUGUCUUAUCUCAAAGGGGGAAAGUGCUUGCAAGGAAUUCUUGGAAAAGUUCAAAUGCUACCAAAAUUUAUAUUCCCAGUUUUGCAAUGCAGUACAGUCUGUAACUAAUGCAGAUGGCAUCCAACAAGAUGUCUUUUUGACACAUGAUAAACUGCCUCAUUUUGAAAGAGUGUUGUUGGAGGAGAUGGAACCAACUCCAGUGGGUGACAUUCUUUACUGCCAUGCUGUACUGAGUUCCGAUGAGCAUGAUGAAAUCGAUGAGAUGUCAAAUAAAAGAGAGAAAGCAAUGAAAUUACUUACAAAAAUUGGACAACAGCCAGACAAGAUUGCUGUCUUUUGCCAUGCAUUAGAACAAAGCAAGUGUAGCAGAGCUGUAGAAUACAUCAGAAACAAUCCUAGCAAUGGCCCUUUACACUCUUCAGAAAUGAGUGCAGUAAAGUGUGUUAGAUUCAACUUCAGGAAAAAUUUGAAGUACUUUAAAGAUUGUGUAAGUAAAAAAAAGUUGUUGGAUUACCUGGAAAUUAAUGGAUGCAAGGUAACCAGUACUGGUGAACUGGUACCAAAGGAGAGCUAUAUAAUCAAAACAGCCCUACGGAAUGGGAAGCCUUGGUGUGAUUGUAUUCUGGAAUGUUUUAAAAAUACAGACUUUGUUUUUCUGAAGAAGUUGGUUGGACGACUUGAAAAAAGAGGAAAAGAUGGAAGAGAGGGAGUAGACCUUCAGUUCAACGUUAAAAUGAUGAUGGAUAUGAACGACUGUCUUCUUGAUGAGUUAGAUCCAGCACGCAUUUCUCAUGUUCUUUUAGAAGAAGAGGCAUUUUCAAUUGAUGAUCAUGAUGAAGUGGAAAACACGAGAGGCAGGCGUAAAAAGGCUGAAGCUAUUUGUGGCAUACUGUUAAGAGAUGGGUCUGAAUUAACAAUGGAAAGUUUUUCGUAUGCAUUGAGAAAAAACCAAUAUAUUACGAAUGAAAUAAGGAGAAGGCAAUCUGGACAGCAACCCGUAACACAACAAAGACCAACUAACCAAAGUGAUAUACAGAUCAGGCAUAUUGGACAAGCACCUGAAAAUGUAGAAGAAAUUCAAGCAGCCCCGGGAUCAGAUAUACUUAUGUCAAUCCCUGUACAAGAUGGAGAUGUAGAGGAGUUACAACAAAAAAUUGAUCAACUAAUCAUUAACCCUGACUUCCAUGCAGAAGUUUUGUCUUCCCAGGUGAUGGUGAGAAGUAUCUCUUUGGGGUCAGUGGUACUAAGAUUAAUUGCACUGACUGAUGAUGCCUGUCAGAUGCUAUUUGAUGAAAAUGGGAAAAAAAUGAAGACAUUGAUUGAAACAUUUUUGCGUUUUUCUAAUAUAAAAGAAGAUAUGAUUAAAGGAAAUAUUAAGGUCACUGUCAGUGUACCAGAGGAGGAAACUGGAAAUAAAUUACCAACUGAUGACGAAAUAAAAAUACGAGGAAACUGGAACUUGCUUGUUGAAGAGUUGGAACCAUCAACCAUGGCAAAAAAAUUGUUUGAAAAGCAUGUUUUCAAUGAAGAUGAUACCAAAAAAAUUUCAAGUAUGAAAACAAGGAAAGAGAAAGUAGAAACCCUCCUUAGUUUGUUGCUGUCUAAACAAAGAGAAGUCGAGAAUGCCUUUGAUGCAUUCAUCAGAUCUUUAGAUGAGUUGGGAAAAGAUGACAUUGCUGUUAAAAUCAAGCCAUCUGAAAAAAUGCAUCAAGAAGCAGAAAAAGUCCGUUUGGGAUUGCUUUCCAAAAUUGCAGAAGCAGUUGAUGAAAUUGAGUCAAGCCACAUGGAGGAAACUUUUGAAUUGUGUGGCAUUGAUAAACAUUCUGUGAACUUCAUUAGUUCUGAGUCAGGCAAAAGUCGCAAAGACAGAGCGCUUCAAUUUCUUACAUAUGUUUUGUUGAAUGAUGCCUAUGUUCUUGGUAUAGAGAAAGUUUUGAAUGACAGAGGUUUAACAUGGCUCUUAGAGUAUCCCAAAGACAGGAACUUUGCAGAUCAGUUAAUGGGUGAUAAACACAAGCGCACUCCAGGUGAAGUGCUCUAUCAAUGCCAAUAUGAGGUGGAGAGGAAGGAAAUGAGAAUUUCAGAUUUAGACCUGACUGAAACAGAUGAAAGUAGUAUGAUGGAUUGGGAAGGUGUUCAGAGUCAAAAAGAUGAACCUGAACCAAAACAUUAUGCACCAAAGAAAAGACUUCAGCCAAAACCAAGGCCAACAUAUCAAGCGCAAGUUGCAAUCCCACCUAAAAAAAUAUUUGGACGAUCUGGUGAAGAUACAUCUAAAGAAGAGUGGUGGUCAGUUGUGGUGGCCUUGGAUUUUGGAACAACAUAUUCUGGAUAUGCCUUCUGGAAAAAAGAUACUGACCCUUUAGAUAUUACUUCUGGGAAAUGGAACACUGGGUCAAAGAAUGUGUUGGAAUCACUUAAAACACCCACGUCAUUGCUCUUGAAUAAAGAAAAUGAAGUAAUAGAAUUUGGUUUUGAAGCAGAAAAAAUAUUCAAGGAAUUAUUGGAAGAUGGAAACGACAAAGAAUUUAGAUUUUUCCGCCAAUUCAAAAUGAAUCUUUACAAUGAAAAGUUAUUUAACAUGGACAUGGAAAUAAAAGAUCACUUGAACAACCCUAUGAAGGCACUAGAUGUGUUUUCUCUAUCCAUUCGAUAUCUGAAGGAUGAGUGUAUUGAACUUUUUCAAAAGAAAAGAAUGACGAUUCCCUAUGAUGAAAUACUAUGGAUUCUGACUGUGCCAGCAAUAUGGGGUGAAUCAGCUAAACAGUUUAUGAGAAAGGCUGCGGAACAGGCUGAAAUUCCAUCUGAUCAACUGAAACUUGCUUUGGAGCCAGAGGCAGCAGCUAUCUAUGUAGUCAAAGGGGCAAAAACAGUUUUUGGAAAAGAGUCUGUUACGACAGUCAAGCCUGGUACCAAAAUUAUGGUGGCUGAUCUUGGAGGUGGAACAGCAGAUAUGACAGUUUUAGAGCUAAACGAGGACAAAACUAUGAAGCAGUUGCACAGAUCCUUUGGAGGUUCAUGGGGAGGAAAUCUGAUCAACCAGAAAAUCUGGGAAAUCAUGUGUAGUAUAUUUGGAGAAGAAAUCAUUGAGGAAUUUAAAAAGCAAACUGCAGAUUAUAUGGAUAUGGAGUCCAACAUAGAGCUUAAAAAGAGAGAUAUCACUGUUGGUAGUAAACUCCAGUUAACAAUUCUUCCAUCUUUGGCAGAUCUAUGCAAAACGGUAAAGGGCAAGAGUUAUAAGGAAUUGAUCACUCAGUCGAAGGAGUAUGCUGAUGUAGUUAAGGUGCGCACAGGGAAGUUAAGUUUUGAACCAAAGUUGGUUGAGGAGAUAUUUGACCUGACCAAAAUCAGCAACAUUUAUACCAGUGUGGGUAAAGCCUUACAUAAUCAAAAUAUGAAAGGCAUCAAAGACAUCAUUCUUGUGGGUGGAUUUGCCCAGGCAGAUUUCAUUGUUAGGCAGUUUAAGGAGAGGUUCUCUGGAUACAAUGUUAUUAUUCCCACAGACCCAGUUCUUGCUGUCCUAAACGGAGCAGUGAUGUUUGGACAAGACAUUGACAUUAUUUCAUCAAGAAUAACUGGACAUACCUAUGGUUUUGAUUGCAUGCGAAUCUUUGCUGAAGGGGAUCCCAAAACCAGAAAGAGAAAGUAUGAUGACGCUAAUUAUUGUGUUGGUGUAUUUGAGAAAAUGGUCGCCAUUGGAGAAUCAGUUGAUGCUGGAAAAACAGUCGAAAAAGAGGUUUUUGCAUCAUCAAAGGACAUGAAAUCGAUGGUUUUGAAGUUCUAUCAGUCAGAUCAAGAAGAUCCAAAGUUUGUCAGCGAUCGUGGCUGUGAAUGUAUUGGUAAACUCUCGGUGGAAAUGCCAGAUCUAAGUGGCGGGACAAAACGGUCAGUGAUGGUGUCUAUCAAAUUUGGUGAAACAGAAAUCACUGUUUGCGGUGUGGACAAGACAACCGGGAAAAAACAAGAAACCGUGCUCGAUUUAUUGGGAGACGCUAAAUGAGAGCAAACAAGUUUUGACAAUAUCUAAUAGAAAACUUAAACAAGAAACAAGCUUUUGUUGCACAAUAAUUCAUCCAAAGAAAAAAAAUUUGUUGGUUUUUUAGAUGGGUACUUUUGUGUUGUUUUUAUUUUUAUUUUUUUAAUCUUGUGUCAAACCUUAUUUUUAUCUAUAAAAGUCCAAGUUUGACCAUUAAAUUAAAAUAAAUGCUUGAUUGUAUAUGUAUACGUAUAUAACUCUAAAAUAUUUAUGAAUAACUAGUAAGAUGUAAUUGUUAAAAUGAGAUAAAUCUGUAACUCUUUUAUUUUUACAUGUCAUUAACGUGUUUAAAAAGGCUUUUGAUAUCAUACAGUGCCAGAAUAAGUUUUUACGUAUUGCAUGCUUUUCAAUGUUAAAGUGAUCAUGAAAAGAGAAAAUCAAGAAUUGGAUCAUUAUGUAAAUCGGAUACGUUAUUUCCAAACAAUUUAUAAUCAUGAGUACGUCAGUACAUGUAAUCAAUAUAUGGAUACAAUGCAAAGGAAUUUAUGCAAAUAUAAAAGUUAACGUUUGACUUUUGAGAAAGAAAAAUUUGUGCUGUAUGGAAUAUAAUUAAAUUGCUCGUUUUGGAUAUUGUAACAAUGCAGUAUAUUUUCAUCAUCUUGUAUUAUGAAAAUAUUUGCAAAUUUAUCGUACAUUGUGUAUAUAGUUGUCUUCUAAAUUUUGUGUCUGAUUUCAUUUGUAUUAUUUUUUAAAUUUUUUUUUGCAAUCCGGAUAAAAUAAGCUUCCAGGACAGUGGGAAACUUGAAAGUUUCAUGUCCCUUGUUACAAAUAAGACAAAUUCCCUCCAUUUUUGGAACUCUUCAAUAUUUCUCAGUCUCAACUGGAAGAGGAUUAUUUGUUGUUAUCAAACUAUUCGUUUAAAUAACCAGCUGAAUGUUAAAUAUGAAAAGAUUUAUAUAGGUAAUAAACAAACUUAAACUACUACAUAUUAUGUGUUAUAACCAUUUUAAACAUUUAAUAUAAUAUCUUUUAUAAUUGAGUUGAAUCUUUUAUUAACAUUUUUUGUAACAACAUUACGUUAAUAAAUGAUAUCCAUACAGCUGAA